GCAUGGUUGACAACGUUGACGUGUUGCUCUGUGGUUCUGCCAGGUGAAAUUUGAAAGUAAAGAGGCUUUUUUAUGAAUGAUGCAAGAUCAACUUCAACUUUAAAAUCCGAAUAAAACUCGCAACCAGGCAAUAAUAAUGAGAUAAUGUGUUUUGCAUUUUGAAAUGAAGAGUAAAGCUUUAAGUUUAAGAACUGCCAAGUUCAUAGUCAUAGGAAUGGAGACGUGAGGAGAAAAGAGGCCAGAAUGCUUUUUCUCCACUUUACUGAAUUAUUCUAGAAACAAGAAUUUCAAAUAUAACAAUAUAACAUUGUAAAAUGCUUAAGUUAUUAUCAGUUACGCCAACGUUCAAUGAUUUACUGAGACACAACUGUGAAUUAGUUAGCCUUUGCCUCGCCUGAAUAAAGUGGUAAGUUGAAUUUAAUUUUAGUUCUAGGAACUUUGACAACCACAAGACAAUGUUUACAAUUUAACAUGGUUAGCUAAUAUUAUACUAAUAUAGUAUAGGCUAUAACUAGAUACUUUGGUCAAAAAUGUAAACAUUUUUUUUUAAAUAAACCAAUGGCACAGUUGAAUAGAGCUAAUUUUAAACAGAAUUAUAACACCAAAAUCAUAUUUUUAGCUGUUGUAGUUUUAAAGUUAUGAAUUUUUAAAGUACGACUUGGUUUGUCAUUUUUUAACAUGGACUGCAUCUCCACAUUCUGUGACCUCAUUCCACUGAUCGCGUCAUGCGCAAUGACUCUAUAGUUUAUAUAAGUAGGUACUUUGACACAAAUUUUAAAUAUAGUCCUAUUGCUAUGAAUGAUACAUCAUUUUAAAGGACUAGCUAUAAGCUUUACAACAACACCAAUUUCAUCUUUCUAUCUUUUAUAGAAGUGGAGUUAUGAUUUUUUUUGGUGAUUUUUUAAAACCCCCUUCUUUAUCUUAGUAUUUAACUUAGGGAUAACAAUACUUGUUCACGCACCGUUCUGCGCAUGUCCUAAAAUGUCGAAAAAAUGUGUUCUACAAUAUGGCGUACGGCUACACGGUAUCUUUGGAAAAUUGCAUACUACGUACCCUUUGUUUAUUAAAUAAUGCUUUCCUCAUCAGUGACGUAUCAGUUUUUGUGUUCCGGUGAUAUAUUGAUUUAUGCCACUAGAUUUUUUGUGUAUCCCGGACAGUAUUAUAAUAAUGACUUGGUUAGUAUAUAAAUCGCAUUUAAUACUUUUUUACUAGUUAAGCAACCAAAAUAAGGUUUAGUGAUACCCAAUCUACUUUCAUUUUAAGAGUUUUUUCAUUGUUUGAGUUAUUAUCUUGACUUUGUCUAUAAAAAGUUAUGCAUCCCACGAAGGAGUGGGGGUACAAAAUUGUCAUUUUUUUAUUUUGAUCAAGAAGCCGGAAAUGGCUGCUAUCACUGUGAUUCGUUAAUGUUAAAUCCUUAAACAGCUAAAUAAUGAUAAGACGUUUAAAAUGAAUAAUUUUAAGAAAAGAUUAUAACCAAAGUUUAAUUAUGUAGUAACCAAGGGUUGGUUUUAAGUUUUAUUUAUUACGUUAAAAAUUGUGUACGGUACCGGUAGACAGUUUAUCGUUCUUCGUCAUAAUUAUUGAAUCAAUAUUUAAAUUUAAUAGUGUUACAAUAGUAAUGUCAAUAAUAAUAAUCGUUUUUCUCUUAAUAAUUAUUUCAGAGAAUAUUACUAAAAUUAGGCCCAUAUAUCAGUUAUAAUUAUAAACAACUGUUAUUAUAAUCCUGCCUAAGCUUAAUUUUUCAUAAUCAUAAUUCUAUUACUAGUACUACGACAAUCAAGAACCACACUUACUAAUAAUAUAUUUUUUAGUUAAGCCUAUAUAUAACAGUUUUAUUAAAAUACAUCAAAUUAAUAAACAAGAAUCAAACAACAUCAUCGUUGUAAUUAUAUUUUUAUUAGAACAUAGAAAAGCAGUACAUAGACAAUUAUUUAAUAUAUCAAAUAACAUUUUUUAAUAAAUUAGUCUCAUCAUCAUAGAUGAUUUUGAGUAAUUUUUAUUUAUAAUUACAUGCGUUCCAAUUUAUAUAUAUAAAAAAAGACUACUUACCUUUUUAUAAAUAUAAUAAUUGAUUUAAAAUGUAAAACAAGCAUAAUAAAAUUAGUUAAAAUUCAAUAAACAUGUUAUUUUUUCGUUUUUUCCUGUAUAAAUGAUGAUUUUCCCAAUUUUUCUGUUCACUUUUUUCUGAACAUACCCACAAAUAAAUAUUUAAAAAAAUAAAAGUCUUGAUGUUAUGUAAAAGUUUUGUUGUUUAUUGGGUUGUAUAUUGCAUUGAGAAUGUCUCCUGAAAAUUUGGUAGCAUUAUCUUUUAAAAUCCAAAAGUUUUGGGCAAAAUAAGGCAGAAAUUUGGAAAGUGGGUCACACGUUUUUUCAGUUUUAAGUUUAAGGUAGAUACUUUGAUACAAAAAUUAAACUUUAAAAAAAAAUAAACCAAUGGCAUAGUUGAAUAGAGCUAAUUUUUAAAAGAAUUAUAACACCAAAAUCAUUUUUAGCUGUUGUAGUUUUAAAGUUAUGAAUUUUUAAAGUACGACUUAAUUUGUCCUUUAUUAACAUGGACCGCAUCUCUAUUUUCUGGUACCCAAUUCCGCUUUUCGCGUCACGAGAUAUAUAACUCUUGUUUUCAUGAUGAUUUUAUUUUCAGAACUAAUGCUGUAUUAAAAAAAUAAGUUUAAUAAUGUUAACAAUUAUAGAUAAAUUGUAGCUUAUCUAACUAUGCACUAUUUAUAUCAGUAAAUUUAAUAUAAUGUAUUAAUAUAUGGCUUUUCUGUUUACCAAAUCUACGACGUCCAUUAUACCGAUAUUUGCUAUAUAGUCUAUAUAAGGCAACUCAUGCCCUAAUUACGAAAAUACUGUUUGGGAACUAUUGAACUUUCAACUUUGGUACAUGACUAAUUAAUUAAAGCUUUCGCUGACCUAGUUUAAUAGUUUUUGCACACUGCAAACUUUUAUGAUUGAAAUCUCUGAGAUAGUAGUAAAUAAUAGCCAUUAUGCAAGUCACUGUGAAUGGCCGCCAUGACAUUUUGCACACUGCGAAUUUUGAUCAUGUAUAUUAUGGGCUCUACCAGGUUUUUUAACCUCAAAUUAAAAUAUUAUUCUUUCAAUAACAUUUAAAUUCAUUCUAAAACAUAAGUUAUCAAAUAUUUUGAUGUAAAUAGUGGAAAUAAUUAAAUAUUUCCUAAGUAACGGCAUCUUCCGCCACUGAAAGUGGGGCGUGGCCACUUCCUUAUCGAAAUUGGGCUGAGCUACAUUACCAUAUAGGGGUUCACUCAAGUGAGCAUAACAAGUGACCGACAUGUCCUAACUCAUUGAGAAUUGACACAAAUACACAUCGAUAGAUAAUACAGAAUAAGACUUUUUUAAAGACAUAAAAGUUGAACUUCUAUACGAAUUUUAUAGUGAAAGAUGCCUUAUAUUUAAAGGGGAAUCUCAAAAUACAGGUCGAUUUGAAAAAUUAAAAAAAUCAAUGUAAAUGUAGGCCAACAUGUGUACCUAAUUAUAAGGCCGGAAACGGAACUCAAAUAUAUGUUGAAAGCCCUCAUUUAAUAAUAAAUAGACAGACACAUCGGAAAAUUAAAAACUCAGAUUUUUCGGCGCCGAUUGCCAUUUCCGAUACACAAAAAGUAGUAGCCUCCCUUGGUUUACCGAAGUAUCUACUCUAAGGCAAGGCUGAAAACAAAUAUAUUUUCUAAAGCCUAAACUGAAUAAAACUCUAAAACUUUACAAGUAAGUACGAGAAAAAUGAGAAAGUAUGAGAAAUAUAAUAGUAAAAAUACGACACUCAAAACAGUUCUAAUUACAAUUAAUAAGAUUUAUUUAGAUAUUAAUAUAAUUACAAAACAAAAGAAAUAUAAUUGCAAAUCAUCAACUUACAGAGUAUGGGAAAAUCUUGUACCGGUACACAAUUAGUACAAUGUGCCAAUUAAUAAACACAUAUGAGUACACAAAGAAUAAUACACCUCAUGAAGUUAAAAAUAUCUAUCAAUCUAUCUGAAUCUCUGUGAAUCUCUGAAACCCCUUAUUUAUAUAGUGGGUCUAUCGACGCGUCCAGAAACGCCUUUACUUUUCUAAUACAAUCGCAAACAUUCCACAAAAUACUAUUGAGAACAGAUUAAUUAUUUUUAGUUGCAGUAAACACGGUAAGUUGAAAGGAACUAGGUCACGCUCAUCUAUGAACGUAACGUCUGCUAGGAAUCUAAUUUGAGGUCAAGCAAAGUUCACGACACGGGGAAAAUGUCCUACAUAGCAAAGUCAUUAAAAAAUUAUUCAAUAUGUAUCCUAAAAGUACAAACAUAGCAUAUUUAGGGCAAUAGUUUUGUAGGAAUUAUUGCUUUGUAUUUUCACAAAUGAACUUGCUAGAUACACUCAGGUAUUCAGUAGUAGAGGUAUCACAGUAAUAUUUAGUCCACUGUGUUCAACGUGCUUGUGACAUAUAUUUUGUUGGACUACGCCAAGGGGUCUAAAAUUUUAGUUUCCUGGCACCUAUGCCUAAUUUAUAUGUUCACCAGGCUCCUUGUGUUGAAUUCUAACAAGUUCUCUGCGAAAUGGCACAUAAAUAUACAAAGUAAAUAAAGAGUAAGGUAAAAAUAAAUAUAACACAUAUGUAGGUCACUAAAGUGUCAUCUAGUAGCUGCAAACAAUAGUUACUCAAGUGGGAAACUGUUUGCACCAUGACCGAAAGAUGUCACACAGGAUUAAAAGUGGAAAUAAAAUAAUGAAAAUUUUGUAAUAUCGCUGUGAGAAAGCCGCAGCAACCAUAUAGAACCCACAGCAACCCCCACCCCCCUCCUUCCAUAUUUUUACCAACCUUUAUCUUUGUGAAGCAAAUGGGAUUUUAUCAUUUAAUUCCCUAUUAAGGUAAUUUCUAAAGACGAUUUUGGUGCCUGUUGCUCUUCACCCCAUUUCUCAUGGCCCUGCCCGUGCUGUAUGAUGUAAUUUUAUGACAAUUAUUUCUUACGGCUGAACCGUGGCUGGCGAGUGCAGAAAUGGAGAAAACUAGAGAAUGCAUUAUUAACUAUUUCACUCAGCAAUGUUAGAUUUCGACAUAUUUUAUGGGAUCUGAGGAGGCCUUUUAGAUCACGCUAAACAGAUGUAUGAUUUUUAACACCCCCUCUUUCUUUCACCCAUUUACAACUUGUGGUAGUUAUCAGACUGUAAUAUGUUAAUGGGAAAUAGGCAUAAUGGAUAUUGAUUCUUAUUCAUUUUAAAAAAUACAAAAUAUCUUUCUAAAAAAUUAUGUCAGGUUACCUUGUAGGUUGUUUUUAAAAAUUACGCCCUAAUUUUUUAAUUAAUUCUUAUCUUAAUAAAUUUUAUUUUAUGCUGAUCUGACUUCGAACCACGUUAAGUUUCACCAGUAACUUUAUUUUUACCAGUGACAGACUGUGAUAAUGUGAUCUGCAUAUUCAACUAAUUAUUAAUUAUUUCUAUAGCUGAUACAUGCCUGCAAACCAAAGUGAUCACAGAUUGAAAUAUUAAUGUCGGUCAUCUACUUUUAGAAGUUACCUUUUUUGACGUCAGCUUAACACAAUUCCACUAGACAUGCAAUGCGAGGAGUUAAAAUACAGUCUAUAUAAUGUAUACAAUAUUUAUUUACUAUUUACGUACGGUACUGUGUUGUAUGAUUUUGAGACGAUAUUGUAAGAUUUUUGGAGUUUGUGGGUAAACAGGUCUGUAAAAUGUUGGAAUGUCAGUCAAGAUGUCCCCUAUUGUUAAUAUGUGGAAGGAUAACAAUUUAAUGACAAAAUAGUCCUUUCAUUAAUGAAAAAGCUAAUGUCCAAAAAUUAAAACUCUGAUUCUUCUGCAACAACUCCCAUUCCACACACAAAUUUUGAAGUAACCUCCCUUGUUUUACAGAAGUCCCUGUUACAGUUUACUAUUACAGUUUAGUCUUUACUUUAUUCUGCAUUUUAUUUUUCUAAAUAUGAAAAGUUGGUAGCAGUGAAUUUACUUGUGUAGUAGAGUGGUGGUUUAGGGUUGACUUAGGUGACAACGCCAAACACUGUUGUAGUGUGGUGUGUAGGUGACCCUGCUCGCAGCGCCAAAAACUGUAGCCGAGUGGAUGACGUUUAGCUUACAGUUUUAUAAAUAAGAUCAAAAUCAAAAUGAAACAAUCAGGUCUUGAGGACUAUAGCUUUUUAAUUAAUGCUCUCCUAUGAUGAAAACAAGAAAAAGGACACUAUGAACUAUGGAGAAGAAGCCUAUGAAGAAAAAGGACAAUAUCUGAAAAUAAACAAAUAGUACAGGUCAACAAUGUCCUGACUAACAUAGCUAAAAAUAAACAUGUUACAUAACCACGUAAUUACAGGUGGCGACAACAUAUACUUAAUUAGAAAGCAUGAUAAAUGAUACGUACGUAGUAUUGUUUUAUACACAUGGCAAAGAUAAUUAUCUUGUACUACGAAUGUUUUAACUAUAAAAGAAACCACGUGCAGUGUUUAAUUUGAAACACGUGCACAGUGUUAAUGCUACACACAGAACCAGAGUGCGAUGUGAGGGCUAACGUAAACUUUAAAGAUCUUGAAGUUAUAAUAGUAUGCCAUCCAGGUAUGGUGUCUAUGUAAGAGGCACACAUAGCGGGACAGUAAAUACAAUGGUAUUAAGUAUGACCACCGUUGGCUUGAUACUUGUAUCUGUCCAUCGCUGUGUCUUGUUAAGACAACAGCAGAUUGCAGAAUGAAUCAUAAUUAUAUUAUAUGGGAUGUGAUCCUCACACAUGCACUAUUUCCUAUGUGAGAAUUUAGCACACGGCAGGAAAGUUAGCCUAUUACACAUAUUUGACGGACACUCGCUGGUUGUAUACUGUUGUAUCAAUAGCUUAUUUUAUAAGCGCAUUGCAGUAUGUGUACCCAGAACGAUAUGCAGUUGUUUGUUACGCUCACAAACCCUGGUCACUGGUAUCUAAUUUAUUAAUCCUAUUAAAGAAUUUAUUUAACGGUUGUAUGUUAACCUUUAAAAUAGCCUGAGCAUAAGUCUACACGCUGUAGGUUAUUCUACACUAUAUCCUGGCUAUAAGUCUGAACAGAAAUCUUCUAAUGCUAACACUCAACAAGUUCCUACUAACCACAAAGAAAUAAAAAUGGCGUAAUUGCCUCUACUUACAGAGCGUUCCAAUGGGCCGCACUGAACAAAGGCACACUGCAGGUAUGCUGACCAACGCUCGAAAUGACCCCUAAUUCGUGUGCUCCCCUUUAUAAAGCCGUGCGCGGACAUAUGAGAGGGCCCCAACGUCACACCUAAACCGAGUCGGUCUACGUUUUGCCUUCUGGCCAGUUUCCUGGGAUAAAAUGCCUAACUCUGGGGACUAAUCCCGAGUAAUAAUUAAAAUCUCUGACCAAAGCCCUAACGACUUAUAUGUGAUCUGUGCAGUUUUAUCUCAGCUAUCUAAGAUACUAUUUUAUAUUUUUAUUAGUUAAAUAGUUCUUGAGAUAUUUUAACUAGAAGGGGUGGGGACCACUAUAAAUGAAGGCGAAAACUCCUUUAAUGACUAAAUAUUAAAAUAUCCUCCAACGAUGGAAACUUGUAAAUAUGCUAAGGUAUAGUGAAUAAAAUCCCCUUUCUAACUAGAUAUAAUUUAUAACUUAAUACGCUAGGGUUCCCGAGAAAUAAAUUAUUGAUUUUCUAACUAAAGCGCACAUCGUGGUAUUCUAUUAUUUCCCCCCCCUAUGGGCAGGAGAAGCCGGCCGUAUAGAGACCGCCGGGUGGGGUGAAAGGGAUACCUGAGUUCAACAUUCCGAUCCAGUGCUAGGCGAGGUCACACCGCGCGACCUCGCGUUGGGCGCCAAACAUGGUUGUACUAAUAACGGUUGUCUCAAAAUAACGGGCUAACGGGGCAUACACUGCCACACUUGCAAUCUAAAUCUUGGGCAGAUAACCUGUUCGAAUAUCCUACUUACUGUUCAGUCAUAUGAGCACCAUUCAAAUCAUUAGGCCUGAUCUGUAUUAUUAUAAUUAAUCAUCACUGAGUCUGAUACUGAUAUGGUCAUAAGCAGGGUUGUCAGGUCAAAAUUUUGAAAAGGGCCAAACUGAAACCGAAAAAGGGGCCAAAUGUUUAAAAUUCUAUAUAUAUGGUAAAUUUUCAGAAAUUUUGAUAUAUGCAUGGCAUUGAAAAUUUGUGUAAAACACUUGAUAACAUUUGUGAUCAUAUCGCACCAUCCAGGUAAAAUCUAGAUCACUGUAAAUGCAGUAACCAGGCUAGGAUAAUUAAUAUAUAUAUAUAUAUAUAUCACAGAAUGAACGACUGUAAAUACAAAGUUACCCCGAAUUUUAUUAAAAUUGUUGAAACAACUGACACCUAUACACUGUGUGGUACAAUAAAGCAUAUUAAAUUUAUUAGGUUAUAUAUUGUAUUCUUUGCACUAACUUCUUAAUACAACCUUUCCUUGGGAUUUUCGCUUAUCCUAAACACCCUCUUUAACAAUAUGUUCAAAAAAAUAAAGGCUGUACCUUAUGUUUAUAAAUAUAUAUAUAUAUAUAUAUAAUAUACAUAUAUCUAGAGAGAAAGAGAGAGGGAGAAGCAGUUUGUGCAUUUUUUUUUUUAUUUAACAUAUAUCAAAAUAAUUUCUUAAAAUAUACAUUUAUUUAGUUCAAAGUCUCCUUAUCCAGAUAUGAAUCUCAUUCUUUCCAAGUUAAAAAUAAGGAAAACUGGUUUGCAAGUUUAACGGGAUUGAUGGCGGAAUUUGAUCUAAUAUCUUUGGAAACCUCAAGGUACCAAAUUUGGUCAAGGCACCCCCUUAAGGUUGCGGCAUCGCACAUUCUAACUUAGGUGCAUGAACAUAUUGUGUUGCAUUUGUUUGUGUUCAAUUGUCAUUGUGUUCAAUUUUCUAUGUGUGCACUUGUCCAAGUUUUCACUUGUCAUGUGAUCAGUUGUCAGUGUUCACUUGUCAUUCAUUUAGGUGUGCAAUCACCAUUUAAAAUUAUACUGAAAUUUUUCAUACAUAAUAUUAAUGGUAAAAAAUGAGAGAGACUUUAGGCGUUUAAUUUAUUAAAUUGUUUCCUUUCUUUUAAAAUCCAGUAUCAUUUCAGGAUACAAAAUAUUUACUGAAUUUGUUUUAUCCAUUCACGAAUAUUAUUAAAGAAAAGAUGGUAAAUUUAUGUUUACGGAUAAUUAAUAUCAUGUUACUAUUAAUUCUACCCAGCCAGCCUCUCUCAUUCUCAUGAGAUCCUAGGCUUGCUUGUCAGUCCUAAAAUAAGCUCUCACUUUUGUCAUACUUUUGUCAUGGGUUGUGACAGACGGGGUUUCACUACGUUAAACAUCCCCAAAGGAUGUGUUAUCCUGACAAUGAAACAAAGCUAACUCUGAAUGUUUAAUAUAAAUUUUAAAAAAAUUCUGGAUUUAAAAUGAUAAUUUGAAUUUAAUACUUUUUUCAGUUGCAUUUUGGAGGAAUUGCUACAAGAAAGUGUGAGGACUACUUAUUCAAGUAGGCCUAUGUGUAAACAUUUCAAAGAGAGUAAAAUAUCACUUUAGAAAUGAGCAUCAUUUGCAAAAGUGUUAAAGUUGCCCACAUUUUAGGGGUUGUUUUAAUUUCAAGCUUAUGCUUUUAUAAUUUGAGUGUAAAAAGUGCAGCGGCAGAAGAUGGUGCUUUAACUCUGGUUCAGGAUUCAAAUUCAAAUAAUAAUGAUGAAGGUAUGUAUAAUCAACAAAAUUAUUUCUAUUUGUGUAUACUUUGCACUUUAAAUAUGUUGUUUGCAAUGAGAUACUUAUUACUUUUAUAAAUAUAUUGUAACCUCACCUUUGACUGUAGUUUUUUUGUUUAUUUUUUCUAUUUUGUUACUUUUAAGGGAAUAAACUUAUUUAGUUUCAGGUUACGUUUUAAUAAACUUGAUUUUUUUUUUUUAAAGAUGAUGGUGUGAUCACCAUUGAAGACAGUGAUGGUCAAGAAAGGGAUGAAAAUAUUGAAAUUUUUGAACCAACAAGUGAAUGGAAAACUGUUAAAAAAGGUAAAUGAUCAUUGAGUUUCCUCUGUGACAUCAGAUUUUAAAAGUCUAAUGAAAAACAUUGGAAGUUAUUUUUGUUAUUGAAUUCUUAGUUUAUUAGAGAUCCAUUAUAUUAUUUAUAGUUAGCAGUGCUUUAUCUAAUAUUUGCUUGCAAUUGAACACAUUUACCUUCAGAUCAACUUGCUAGUAUGUUGGAUAAAUCAGAAUUUUAAAAAGCAAACAUUCUAGUGCAAUCAAACAAAUAAUGUUUUAGUACCCCAUAGGCUAUGAGAACCAAGGACAGCAGGAAAGAAAAAUGUGUGAUAAAAAUAAAGUUUAUUCCUACUAACAAAGUUAAUUAUGCAAAAAUUAUUCCAGCUAUUAUAUGCAAUUUUUUUGCUAUUCAUGAACAAAUCAUAAAAAAAAUAUUUUUUUUUUAUUGUAUAAAGGAAGAGUACUUAUUGUUUAAUAGACAUGAAAAAAGACACAAAGCCUUUCUAUUUAGGCAUGAAAAUGUACAUGUUUUAGCAAAAAAAGCUGUUUUGAUCAUGAAUAGAAGAUUAAAGAAAUUUAGAAAACUAAUUUAGACAAUGCUGGUGGGGAUAUAACUAGAACAUUCGGAGGUGGUUUGAUAGUCUACUAAGUCACUCGUGUAUUAUUGGAAUAGCAUUUGUACUUUUUAUUGUAAUGUAUUUCUGGUUGCUUAAUAAGUAACAGUCGACACAUUAACUCUUUAAAAUGUCAGUGGUAAUCUUAGUGGCUUCUAUGUAAUAAACUAAAUAGUAUGUAUGAUAACAUUUAUAAUUAAAGGAAAUGAAGGAUAUAUGCCUUAAGCAAUUGUAAUUCAAUUGAUCGAUUUAUCUAGGUCAGAAAAUACCACCUGGUCUUCAUGUAAGAAUGGAUCUGCAAACUGGAGAAAAGCAGGCUAAAUUGAUGGAAGUGGAAGGCACUCAAAAUAAAAUGGAACAAUGGGAUGCUGGAGAAAAUAUUGGUAAACGUUUAAUCAUGCUAUCUGUAAUUAUUUGGCUGUUUGUUUGUCUUUGUUAACAGACAUAACAGUUUGAGGUGCAGUGGAUAGAAAUGGGACCUAGAAAUUCAAUCUUUUUCUUAAUCUGCUCUGAAAUUAUUUUCUGAGGUUUGUUGAUCUAUAAAUUACUACAAUAAUACUGUGUAAACAUUGAUCACAUAAUCAGAAGUUAAACAAUUAUUAUUUACUGCUUCUCUGUGAUUAAUAUCUACUUUUGCCCGUAUCCACAAAAAUGUGACUUCAAAUUUUAUAUUAAUGCACCUCACUUAAAUGCAAUAAAAAGAUCAUCAUAACUCUCAAAAGGUGGUAGAAUUUUUCAUGUUUUUUUAUGAUCUUAAAUAAACAUUAUUUUUCAUAGUGUCUCAUGACUGCAGUUUUGUAGCCACCUACAAGUAUUAUAUAACAUGUUAAAGAAAAUUGAAUUCUCUUCAAACUACUCUGCUCACCUCUGGUCCUAAUAAAACUUUGUCUCCUAUUUCUGAAGAAGAAAAAAAAAACAAUUUAUAAAUUGAUUUUAGUUUUUUUUUUUUUAAACAUUGAAAUUAUGUAAUAAGUGAUUUUUUUUUUUUUUUUAAAGCAAAUUUGUUUUUGAAUAAAGCAAACCAAAGCAUAACAUCGCCCUUUACAAGGAACAGAAACAAAUUCAAAUUAUGGAUUUUAUUUUUUUGUUUUUUAAAAAUUAAAAUUAUUUAAUAAAUGAUUUUUUUUUUUUUUUUAAAGCAAAUUUGUUUUUGAAUAAAGCAAACCAAAGCAUAACAUCGCCCUUUACAAGGAACAGAAACAAAUUCAAAUUAUGGCAGUAAAAUUGAUAUUUUAUUUGCAUGUGUUCAAUACUACAACUCAUGUUUAAAUUUCAAGUGAAUACAGAAUAGACUCAUAAAUAAAAAGUUAUUUUUAGACAAAAUAUCAUUCAAGGAAAUAUUGCCUAAAAAAUUCUAUGAUAUUUAAAAAAUUGUAUUCUUAUAUUUUAAAAGAGAAACACAUACUAUAUCGAACUAAUUACUUAAAAUAUUAUCACUAAGCUUUAUUUAAGAUUAAAAACUAUGUAAAAAAGCAAUUUUUAAGUAUUUUUUUCUUUUUACAUCAUCAAGAUACUGCCAGGUGAUCUAGUCCUUCACUGAGAUGUUUUAUGAAGUUUUUGAAAACCAUUUCUUUCUAUAUUAAAAAUUAAAUUUGUUUCACAAACAACACAUCUGACAUAGUCUUUAGCCUCUUUUCCCUUGUUUUGGUAAACAAUCUACAAUUUUUUCAUUUAGUGUUAUACUCAGUUUGCAGCCCAUGACAUGAACAUGUCUGGCUUAACAGCAACUGGUACAUCAUCAAAGAUGUUAUAUGUUCCCAAAAUAGUUAAUCAAUUGAUACAUUUUUCUUUCAUGAGGACACAGUUUUUUGCAUUGAGAUAAUAUAUAGAGAAUCCCAACUUGCACAGCUUGCCUCUUGUUUUUAGUGUCUGAAACUUUCAGGAAACUCAACAUGGUCUUGAAUCUGUCCCUAAUCAUAAAGACCCUGCACAUAGUCCAUUAUAAAAAGAUUUCCUGGAAUACAGUCAUGUAACAUUAGGAGCUUAAAAAAGUCCUAAGAAGUUCACUUAGUUCAGCGGUUCUCAACCUGUGGGUCGCGACACCUUUGGGGGUUGAACUACCCUUUCACAUGGGUCGCCUAAGACCAUGGGAAAACACACAUAAUCUACAGUUAUGAAGUAGCAAUGAAAAUAAUUUUGUGGUUGGGGGUCGCCUCAACAUGAGCAACUGUAUUAAAGGGUCACAGCUUUAGAAAGAUUGAGAACCACUGACUUGGUUGAUCAAAAUUCCUCUUCAUUGAUGUUAUACUAAUAUUUGAAAACAGAAAGUUUCUUUGGCCCAUUGUCCUGUGCAUGUUAGCGUAUGAACAAUAGCAUGCAACCAAAUCUGUAGUGAAAAAAAAGUUUUAAAAGUCUUAUUGGUUUUAGAAAUCUCCUUAUAGCCUCUCUUGUUUUCUCCUUAUAGCCUCUCUUGUUUUAAAACCAGGAAGCUGUAUGUUUGAUCUUAAUGGCAGAAAUCCAUUUGAAGCCCAGGAUCAUUUUCAGCAUACAUAAUUAGCCUCCAUAGAGUCUGUCAAAUAUUUUUUAAAAAUAUUUAUAAGUUAAGCUCGAAAUUACAAGCUAUAUAAAAAAAGAAAAUAUUCUACCUAAAGUACUUUUAAAUUUUAUAUUGAAAGACUAAGGAACACAGCUACUGUUUACAACAAAAAUAGCCUUGGAUAUGGCAUUUAACAACUUCACAAAUAGUCUCUGAUACAGCAUUGUUUACAUUGACAUUGGAUUAACUGAAACAAUAAUUUAAAAGACUAUAAAUUAAAAAAUACAACUUAGUUUAAAUUUUAAAAAAAAAUCUUUGAUUCCUUUAAAAAAAAAACUUUUUAUGAUAUUUUUAAUACUGUAGCUUGAAAUGAAGCUAGUGAUCAUAAUAGGGCCUAGGUCUAAUGAGAAUGAAAAAUAUAAAAAUAAAUCUUCCUGUAUUUUGCUGUUGAUAAAUGAUGAUAAUUUUCAGUAUUCUCUGUAUCAGACUCUUCUGAAGUGCUAUCUUCAUCAGAAAUAUCUUCUUAAGAAGAACUUAUUAUUUCAAGCUUAUAAUCAGAAUUGCACCAUAGUGUGACUCAUAGCUACAUGUUCGACACAUUUUCUUUUGUUCUCUAUUCAUUUAAGUAUUGUUGGGUGGUGUGUUAAACAUGCUAUGGGUUAUUGUUUUGUGUGCUUCUGGUCUAAUAACCAGCGUUAGAAUAUGAUGGCUGAUUUUGACGAUAGAGAAAUACUUAAUAUGUCUUGUGUUUAAUGUUGUUUUGAUUAGAAUAUUUACUUGUUUAUUUGAUGAAAUUGAUAAUGUACAAUGUAAUCCAAUUACAUUUCCAUUUAUUUAGAUCAAUUAAAGAAUCUUAUCUAUAGUUUCGCUUUUUUUAAAUAUACAAUUUAUAUAUAUUUUAGGGGAGUUUUUUAAACUGUCAGAUAUGACUCAUAUUUUCAAUCUCUUAUCUUUGAGAGUUAACUUGAUGUUGAAAAGAAUUAGAUGCUGAAUGAAUAGAAAUAGAAGUAAUCUGAAGAGUCAAAUAUUCCUAUGCUUCUUAUUACUUUAUUAACUGUUCAUUAUAUUCUUGGCUCGUAGGCUCGCUGUUCUAUUUUACAUUUUUAGGACUCAUUCAAUCUUCUACAUUUGCAUUACAAACAUCACGAACAUAAUAAUUCCCAGUGCUAGUGUCUAUGUAAUGAUUCUUAACAGUGUUGUUAUAUAUAUUUCAUUUAUUUGUAGGUAUCAUCAAUACUGAAAAAAAGCGCUACACAAGAGACGAGUUGAAAGCUGCUCUGAAGGAAUUUAAAUAUAAGGAUGAGACCCCUGUCAGUAAGGUAAAUAUACAUGUAAUCUGUUUUGAGUUUUUCAAAUAUGGGUUCUUUAGUAUAAAAUUACUAAUGAUCAAGUGACUCAAAUCAGAAAGGAAGGUAUACAAAUUUUCUCAUAAUUUUAACAUUUAUUAAGUUCAGUUAUUUUAUAUUUCUUCUUUUGAUCUACUAUUUCCAAUAGGAACAGAAAGAUGAGAUCAAGAACAACUUUCGGAGCUAUGAUGAGCUCAAGAAAGCCAUGCAAGACAUGAAUAUGGCUGUCAAAACGGAAGGGGAAAUUGUGACAGAACUCACAGCAAAGUUAAAAGGGCCCUAUGAUGAUGUAGAAAGCCUCAAAUCAUUGCUUGUUGACAUUGAAUACUACUUGCAUCAGGUAAUAACUGAGCUAUUUUGUUACUUUUCCUUAAAACCUUAAAUUUCUUUGUGGUCAGUUUGGAUUGUGAGUGAAGAUAUUCCGACUUAGAUUCCAAAACAAAACAACUGACAGAAUCAUCAAAGUUAUGUUCCAUUCCUUUCGGCCAUGGUUUAUGUUUGUAAAUAAGAUGUUUAAUUAGUAUUACUGUAAGCACCCAUUGUAAAAACUUAUAAAUACUCAAUAAGAAUAUUUAGAUUUAUUUUGUCAGGAGAAUGUGAUGUGGGUGAUUUCAAAUUUUUUGAAAUUCGAGGGUAGUAAAAAGCUUAUUAUGUUUUGUAUUUUCAUGUGAAUAUUGUUCUAUUAGAGAUAAUCAAAAUUUUAAAGCAUGCCAUGCAACCUUCUUUCACACGUGCCACACCCUAGACCUUUACAAGAAUUCUGUGGCAAUCAUGUACAAGUAUUAGAGUGCAGAGUGGAUACAUGUAAUUAACUUUAGCCAGGAUAUCUUUUAUUAUAAAUAACUAUAUUCUGUUGACAUUCAUUAAGGCUUCUAAUGCUAAAAGGUAAAAGACUACACUGUAUUUCUCUAUAAUAACUGUCGGUAUUGGACAAAUUUCUGUUGCCCCAUUUUUUGACAGCUUGGUAAUAGACUACUGGGUAACCAGUAUUGCUUUUGUAUCAACCCAGUUUUACCAUAUUUAUGUGCAUACAUAUGCUCAGUGCUUUUCCUCAUCUUGGAAGGAUUUUGGGCAGCACACCUAGCAUUACCUCAGGGCACACCAGUACUGUCACACCCAUGUGCUAUGGCACACCAUUUGCAGAGCUCAGCUUUAAGUGAUGUAAAGUAAUUCUGCUUUAUAUAGCUUUAAACUGAAUAUACUUUAAAAUAAUUAAAGUUUUACAUUUAUUUAAACUAUAAAUAGAUUGACAAUGCUAAAUUGUUUGCUGACCUUGGAGGUCUUGAGACUAUGUUGAAACUGAUGAACAACUCCAAUGAUGAUAUCAGGGAAUCUGUGACACAUGCCAUUGCUGCUGGAUUGCAAAGGUAACUACAAACAUUUAAAAUCAUUGAUUGUCAUUGAAUCAUACCUAGCAUUCCACAUCAUUCAACCAUAAACUGUUAGGUGAUAUAUUGUUAAAAUAUUUACUUUUCCCCAGCAAUGCCAAAGUUCAAGUGUCAGCACUUGAUAUUGGUGUGAUGCAGCAGCUGGUUAGAAUGUUGUCUGUUGAUCCUUCACAACAAGUGCGCAAGAAGGCUUUAUUUGCUCUUUCAACUCUCGUUCGUCAGUUUCCAUUUGCACAGAAGAAAUUUCUACAGCUUGGUGGUCUUUCAGCUCUAGCCAACAUGUUCAUUAAAUCAGAAGAGGAGAGUUUGAAGAUCAAGAUCAUAACAUUGUUGACAGAUUUAUUGUUAGAAUAUGUGAGCAGUUUUAUUUUACUUAGUUGUAUUGGGAAAAUUUUAUUUAUGCUUCGUAAUAUUGUAUUUACAAUUCUUAAAAAAUUUAAAAAAUCAAAUGAUUUUUUUAUUUCACAGAUUUUUUAUUCAUUUAUGUACAAUUAAUUUUUUUAACCACAGGAUUUUAACCAAAAGCAGAGUACUUCAUCUGACCCAAUACAAGUCGAGAGAUCAAUUCAGUACAAAGAGUAAGUUAAUUCUUAUUAAAGUUAUAUUCCUGCCAAAAAAAAUCAAAUGAUAAAAUGGAAUUCUAUUUAGGAGAACAAUUUUUAUGUUAAUCAAGAACAGCAUAUCCAAACACUUUUAAAUUAUAAAUAAAUUAAUGAAAAUUUAAACAAAUUCAUUAACCCUAAUGCAUUUAAAUUAACAAUCUUAAGUAACUUUUUAUUAGAAAAUACUUUUCAACUUCCUGUCCUGAGUGUGCAAUAUGAGAAUACAAAUAAUCAUAAUAUUUUUAAGUUCAGAAAAUUAAUUUCAAAGAUUUCCUAGCAUGUUUGAUAUGUUAGCCACCAUCCUUGUAAAUGAGAGCAAUAAGUCUUCAAAGGGUUAUUAAGAUUAGUGUAAGCAAGCAAAUAUGGUAGAUCAUUUCUAAUUGAUGUUUCUAAUGAACUCUCAUAAUAUAUAACUCUAAUUGAAGCUAGACUCACCGUAGGACAUUUAAGUAUUUAAAAUCAAUAUUUUCUGUUAUGAUUAUGGUGUAUAUUAUUCGGAAAAAGAAAAAGUGCUUCACUUUUUAAUAUGGAAAAUAUAAAAUGGAAUAUGCAUACAAAUCCCUAUUUAAAUUAUUUUUUUUUUGUAUCAUAAAUUUUACAAGUGCAAAAUUUAUAUUAUUUGCAGGUAGUUUUAUCCAGAUUUAUAAUUUAGAAAUAUAAAUGAGAGGCAGCAAUAAUAGUACAAAUUUUUCCUUGUUUCAGUAUCCAAUUAAGAGAAAACAUGUCAACUUCAGGAUGGUGCACUCUCAUGGCCUCACUCCUGCACUCCCCUUCAGGUCAUGACAGUGUUGAGAAAGUCCUUCAUGCCAUGUCAGCUUUGAUCACCACAUGUAAAGAUGAGUUCACACCCACCAGGCCAAAACUUCAAGCUCUUCUCACUGAAUAUCAACAUUUAGCACAAGAAGAGGUCAAAGAUGGCCAUGAUGAUUUUUACUCUUCCAUUUAUUCAACUCUUAGAAAUUUGGUCAAUGAAAUUCAUAGAGAUGAUUUGUGACUUAAUUAUCUGCUGUUUUUAUCCUAACUAUCCACAUAGCCUACACUAAUAAAAAUCCACAUAGCCUACACUAGUAAAUAACCCUGUUAGCCGCCACCCCCUAAGCCCAUCACACAGGAAAGUAAGUGUGUGCAUACAAAUAUGAAAAGCAAUGAUGUAAUGGGUUAUUAACUUUAUCUUUUCAAAAUAUAAAUAAAAUGAACGCAACAGAAUUUUUAAAAAUGUUUUAAUUUGAUCAUAAUACUAUGUGAGCUGCUAAAGGCACACUGCCAAAUUGAAAAAAAAUACUUAAUAGCUGAUUUUACACUAGAAUCUUUAAAUAUUAUUUCAAUUAACUGUCAGUGAAAUUCCAGUUCAUUUGUAACUAAUAACUCAUUAAAUGUCUUGAAUCAGAGCUUCUUUCUUUGGUUUUAUGCUAAAGGUUUUGUAAACUAGUGUCAAGACACAAAUCAAACAAUAAACAUCUGCUUAUAUUAAUUUCUGAUAUGGAUUAAACAUUCAGAGAGGAAACAGAAUCAUUAGAAUGUGUGCACAACAAAGGGGAGAUUAUUACAGGUUGUAACUGUGUUAUAGAUCAAUAAAAUUCUGGAUAAAAUUUGGACUGUGGUCAACUUUUACAUAAUACAAUUAUAAUUCAGUUGUCAGUGGUAGGAAGAAUUUGUUAAAAAACUUUUUAUAGACAUUAAUUGUUAAAAAUUAAAAUCCUCCAAUGUCAUACCAUUAUAUGGAUCACUAUUUUCCAAUCAAUUCUUUUAAAACAUUGUUUGUAUUUUUGUAUUUAAUAUGUUAAGUAAAAAAAAAUAAAAAAUUUUGCAAAACUCAAUAAAAAUAAUGUUAUCUUAUUGAAGAUAGGUUUUUGUAUCUAAAUUAGAGGCUUGUUUAAUACUAAUUUGGUUUUUGUAUCUAAAUUAGAGGCUUGUUUAAUACUAAUUUGCAUUUUUUUUUACACAUCUAUGACAUGCCAAAUGUUAAAAGCUCCAAUUAAUUUCCAUUAAAAAAAUCCUUCUCCCAUUCAUUAUUAAAUAUCACUUGGAAGUUAUAGUCUCAAAUCUUGUUAGGACUAAAUAUGAUUUUGAUAACUGUCACAUUUGAAUUUGACUGUCAAUUUUUAGGAUAAACAAAAUUUACUUUAUGUUUUUUUUUCCCUUAAAUUAUUUUUUAACAAAAGUUCUAUAUUAUAUUUUAAUUAUGAUAAAUCAUUCUUUAAGUGUUUAUUUUUAAAAUUAAUUUGAAUAAGAGAAGAAACAAAAUUUCAACUAAAAAAAACCCAUGUUUUUUUACAGUUAAACAAUUUACCUAUCGUUAUUGUUUUUCUGCAUUCAUAAUCUUUUUCUUUAACCGUCUUCUUUUCCUUUCAAUUAUAUUGCAUUUAUUUAUUUAUACUUGCUUGGUUGGAAAGUUUUAUUGCAUUUAUUUUUUAAACGAUGAUAAGGGGGGAGUUAAAUUAAUAUUUAAAAAAAUUUCUACACUCAACCAUAUCUAAGCAAUUAAAUACUUUAUCAUGUCUGAUUUUAUCUGGUUAUAUUCCAAACACCUCACUAAUGUAUCAUCUUAAAUCACAAUGUCAAAGGCCUGAAAAGCAUUAUAUAUUUUUUUAUUUUUGACAAUUUUCUUAGAAUAUUGUUUAAAAAAAUAUAAAAAAAUAUAUGAUUUUAAUGGUUGUUUUUUGUGUUCACAAUAGUUGAAAAAGGCUUUGAGGCAAUGGCUGGACUAAAAAGUUUUUACAGUUAAAGUACAUUUUCUCAUCAAUUUUGAUAAUAUCAAAGUCUGUGGAAUAUUCAUCUUCUUAAACUUAAAAGAUGCAAUCAUUAUUUUGAAUUAAAAUCUCCUGUAUAUUGUUUUAUUCACUUUAGACUCUCUAUGUAUUCUCUUAAAAGAAAGAUUGUCAAAUGCUUGUAUUUACCCUAAGUAUUUAAAAUCUGAUCAUAUUCUUGCUUGGCAAAUACUUUAUUAUCUAGUUUAACCUUUACCAUAUGUUUCAUAGCAGGAAAGAUAACAUAUUUUUAUGUUUUGUCUUAAUACAGCAACUUUCCUAUCAUGAUUGAAAAUAGGAAAUCUCUUUUAGUGUUCCCUUCAAAAGCGGAAACUGUUCUAAAUCAUUAGCAGCAGCAUUGAAAAUUAUCAUCGUUUAUUUGCUUUCUUUAUGUGCAUACACACUAUAAAAAAAAGUGAUUGCAACCAUUUAGUUCCUAUUUACGUGCUAUUCAAUGGGGAUUUUCAAUGUAAUUUUUAAAAAAUUUUGAUAUCAGGUCAGACUAAGUUCUUUUUUAAGCCUCAUAACUGGACACUUGAUAAAAAUCAAAGGGACACACAAAACUGACACACACGUUUUCUACCAGCUUAAAUAACUAUUCACUGUGAUUGGAUUAACAAAAUCACAAAGGGAUUACUAAUACAAAGAAAGCAUCAAAUGAUGUAAUGAAAAUUGUUUUAUUGUAGUAACUAAUUAUAAUACCAAGCCAGACAGUGUGUUGGGGUUGGGUGGAUAUAUGUUAAUACAUACCACUCAGACAUCUUAAAAUAUUUAAUUUAAAAAGUUUCACUUUAAGAACAUAGGCCUGGACAGUGUAAUUCCAUUUUAUUCACAAAUUAAUCAAUUGAUCACUACAUUCAACAAAGUUUAUGCCCAAAUAAAUUGUAUUUUUCUAAGCUCUUUGCCAUGAGAUUUUGACCUCCAUAUUCCUGACUCAAAAUAUGCAUAUUCCUUACAUCUUUACAAUUUUCCAUAAAGAAAGAGUAAAUAUAUUUUUUAAUUCUUUUUUUUUUAAAUAUUCUUUUUUUUUAAUUUGGAACUUGAAACUCUAAAAACAAAUUAAUUUACCAUGUUCAUUGUUCAAGUUAUUUUUCCAUCUGCUCAUUUCCUUUUUUUUUCAAUUUCUAUUUUGGAGUGUGAGUUAAUGGGUCAAAUUGUUUGAAAUUGUUUGUAUGCUUCACUGUUACUGCUGUAGUGGAUUUAAUUUAUUCAGUGUUAUUUACACUUGUAUUUACAAUUUGUUUAAUAAAGUUAACUUUAAAAUAUAAGUAUUUUUGUCUUAAUUUGUUUUUUACAAUAUCAUCAAAUGUAUAAUCAUAUCAUAUCACAGAUGAGAGACCAAAAGAUCAUAAUGGUUAUUUGAUUACUUGUUUUGCUACUUGAAAAUUCAUUUGAACUCAUACCACAAUAGUUUCUACAGGCAGCCUCUAUAUGCUAAAGCAAUGAUUUCCAAAAUAAUCAGCAGCAACAUUCACAAAACUCUUGAUAUCACUUUCGUAGAAGUUGAAUAGGCAUUUCAAUUCUGACUUUAGCAACAAGUUUAGACUGAAAUUGAUCUGUGUAUUUAAAAAAAUUAACAGUCUUUGCUCAAU